AUGCCGGCAGGAGCAGCUCCCGGCGCGCCUCUCGACAAGAGAACCACCGCGUACGAAAACAUCUUCGGUCGCCCCAACGCCAAACCCAAAGGUCCGCAACCACAAGUCUUUGCUCAGCAUCACAAUCCCGGCGCUGGUCCUUUUCGCGCUCCUUCCAGCUCGUAUGCUGCCAAUCAGCGAUGGAAUGGCGCACUCCCCGCCGCUGCAUACGGUGCUGCGCCAUAUCCACCUAAUGUGUACCUCGAUCCAUCCAUGGUAAUACCCAACACCGCAGCCUACUAUCCCUCUGCCUACGCAUCCGCUCCUUCCGAGGGCUUCGAUCCGCAAUCAGAUCGUAGGAUCAGCACCGUUCCAUCCAUCGCCAGCUCUGACCCGAGAUCCUCCUUCUCUGGCUAUUCUCAGUACAAUGGUCUGACGACCAGCGCACCAGAUGCCUAUCGCGGCUCCUCCAGCUCAGCAACACCUGCAAGCGCAUACGCCACGCACUACCUCGAUCAGCACCCGUCAAAUGGAUCUAGCCAGCCUGCCAACGGCGCAAACGGAUCUAACGGUUCCAUCAACGCCGCUUCGCCUGUACCCACCCAAACCGGCUAUUCGAAUCCAAAUGCUGCUUCUCCACGCGCCUCAGUCCUACCCGACCAAGAUGCCGAUCUCGCCUACGGCCUCGAUAAGGCCACACUCAACUCGAGCGACAGACCUCCACGCUUACCCAGCUUUGAAAGCAGCGCACCGAUCGAACAGAGCAGCUUUUGGUUCGGCGAAAGCGAUCGCACACCUACCAGCCCCUUGUCCGUCGCCAGCCGAAAACUCGGCAGCUUCGGCUCACAGGGCCAGGCCGCUCAGCUCGCUGUCACCUCAUCCAACGCAGCUUCGCCACGUAUCGAUGCAGGCACUGCUCCGUCCACGCAUGCAAACGAAACGCAGCAGACAGCGUCACACGAUCAGGAGGUCUACUCGAAUGCGUUCUUCGAAAACUUGCUUGGAGCCCGCUCCCCAGCUUCUUCGAUCUACGGCGACGGUCGUAGGAGAGGCUCUGUGGAAUCCGAUCGCCAGUCAAUCGCCAAUUCCAUCUACACCCUUCCCGGCGCUCAGAAUGCAUCGCGCGCCUUUUAUGGAUCAACCACCACCUUGCCCCAGAACGCCAGCGGUUACUUUGCCGGCGGCGGCGCCGCGCUUGGCGGCAUGACGCCUUACAAUCUUUCCGUCGCCGCCAACUCAUCCGCCAUUUCAGGCAGUGGCUGGGACCGUCCGCCGCGCGCACGCACUGCCUCUUCAGCAACUCAAGCAGCACAGGCCGCUUAUGCGCCUGGUUUUCAUCACGGCGGUGCUGCAUCACGUUGGGACGAUCCGAGCGAAGCUUCGACCAUAGGUAGGGGCGACUAUCGUUCACUUUCUUUCGGUCAAAGCGCAUCUCGUCCGUCGAUCGCUGGACCAGCAUCUCCGCGAGACAGCAUCACAAGCGGACCUCCUCAUCCAACGACGUCAAGCCGAAGAGGGCCCCUCGUGUAUCCGGCUAUGCUUUCUAAAGUCGCAGAAACCUUCCGCGCGCGUGUGAGCCUCUCGGAACGCACCAAAGAUGGUCUCACCUACAGCGAUGCAUUCGACGGACGAGAAGCGGUCGACAAGAUUGCCUACAUCAUCAAGACCACCGAUAGGAAUCUGGCUCUCCUGCUCGGUCGUGCGCUCGAUGCGCAAAAGUUCUUCCACGAUGUCACAUACGACCAUCGACUGCGUGAUUCUGCCUCGGAGAUCUAUCAGUUCAAGGUGCGCGUUCCCACCUCCGGCUUCGGUGCCGAAGACGGCUUUGACGACGAUCGCAGGAACUCUGGCCCCGGUCCUCCAACACGCGGCAAUUCAGGAUCCAGCUUUGGUGCGACGCCAUCGAUCUCCUCCAUGACAUCGAGCAAGCAACCUGCCUCGACGUCGCGAUCGCCCGCCGCCACCACCCCGGCCACCUCGAUCUACAACGGAGUCCAGUCUGGAUCCGCACUCGAUGAUGACGACGAUGAUGCACUACCCACUGGUGUCUUCACCCUCUUGACCGACUGUUAUUCGCCCACUUGUUCGCGCGAUCGACUCUGCUACAGUAUCGCCUGUCCGCGACGUCUCGAGCAACAGGCGCGACUCAACAUGAAACCUCAGCCCGUCCUUCAGCGCAGCGUCAGCAAAGAGUCGCUAAAUGAUACCAAGGAGCGAGGUGCUUUGUGGGCCGAUUCCGUCCCCCGAGAAGUGUUUGACAGCAUCGACGAUGCUGAGAGAAAGCGUCAAGAGGCCAUCAACGAGGUCAUCUACACCGAACGGGAUUUCGUCGCCGACAUGGAAUACCUGCGUGAUCAAUGGGUCAAGCCAUUGCGCUCAUCGGACGUCAUCCCCGAGGACCACCGCGAUGACUUUGUCACGCAGGUGUUCUGGAAUGUGCUCGAGAUCCACGCCGUCAACGCCAAGCUGGCCGAACUGCUCACCAAGCGCCAGAAGCAAGCCGAUAUCGUGGACCGCAUCGGCGAUAUUCUGCUCGAGAUGGUGCCGCACUUCCAACCCUUCGUCAAGUAUGGUUCACAUCAACUUUACGGCAAGUACGAAUUCGAAAAGGAAAAGUCGUCCAACUCGGCCUUCGCCAGAUUCGUCGACGAGACCGAACGCCUACCGCAGUCACGCAAGCUCGAGCUGAACGGCUACCUCACCAAGCCGACUACCCGACUCGCAAGAUACCCCUUGUUGCUCGAACAGGUCGUCAAGUAUACCCCGGACGACCACCCGGACAAGCAGACCCUGCCUAAGGUCAUCAAGAUUGUCAGAGAAUUCCUGACAAAGGUCAAUGUCGAAACCGGCAAGAGUGAGAAUCGCUUCACGCUCGCCCAACUCGACCAGCAGCUCGUGUUCAAGCAGGGCGAGGCCGUCGAUCUGCGCCUCCGCGACGAGCAGAGGGAGCUCGUCUUCAAAGGUCCGCUCAAGAAGCGCGGCGGUACGCAGAGCGAAAGCGCCGAGCUGCAAGUCUUCCUAUUCGACCACGCCCUGCUCAUGUGCAAGCCAAAGACGGUCAACAAGCAUGAGCUGUACAAGGUCUAUCGCAAGCCCAUCCCGCUCGAGCUCCUCAUCGUCACUGUGUACGACGAGGUUCCAACGGGCAAGGGCAGCUCCACGCGACCGAAGUCGAUCAUGUCGCGCACCUCGACCGGCACGCGGUACAGCAGUACGCCAGGUACAGCGCCCAAGCAGGACGCCAAGACGGGCUACGCGCUCACCUUUACCUACCUGGGCAAGAAAGGCUACUCGAUGACGCUGUGGGCCAGCACCUUUGUAAGCCGCAAGAAGUGGUUCGAGAACAUCGAAUCGCGACAAGAGAUUCUGCGACAGCGCAGCAACAUCUUCGACACUAUCACGCUAUCCGAGAACUUCUUCCUGGGUCCCAAUCGCGUCAACUGCUCGGUGCCGUUCGACUUUGGCCGCAGAAUCAUCUAUGGUACGGACGACGGUGUCUACCUGUCCGACCUGCGCGAGAAAGCGCGACCGCCCACCAAGGUGCUGCCGUUACCCGGCGUCACCCAAGUGGACGUGCUGGAAGAGUACCAGAUCCUGAUCGUGCUCGCUGAAAAGUCGGUGCACACGUUCACGCUGGACGCGCUCGAUCCGUCGGACCCGAUGGGUUCGCUGAAGCGCGGUCGGCGCAUCUCUUCGCACACGUCGUUCUUCCGCGCGGGCAUCUGCCUGGGUCGAACGCUGGUAUGCGUGGUCAAGUCGAGCUCGUUGUCGUCGACGAUCAAGACGCUGGAGCCGAUCGAGCAAAACGUGCGCGGCAAGAAGCAGCCGACGUUCAAGAAGCUGCUGCAGGGAGGACAAGAUACGCUGCGCGUGUUCAAGGAAUUUUACAUUCCGACCGAGUCGAGCUCGAUCCACUUUCUCAAGACCAAGCUGUGCGUGGGUUGCACCAAGGGGUUCGAAAUUGUGGAUCUCGAGACGCUCGACACGCAAGGCCUGCUGGACCCGGCGGACGCUUCGCUCGACUUUGUGCAGCGCAAGGAAAACGUCAAGCCGAUCGCCAUCUACCGCAUCUCUGGCGUCUUUCUGCUGUGCUACGACGAGUUUGCGUUCUACGUCAACAAAAAUGGUUGGCGCGCCAAGGGCAACUGGAUCAUUCACUGGGAGGGCAAUCCGACCUCGUUCGCGUACCACCAUCCUUACGUGCUUGCCUUCGAGCCGAGCUUUGUCGAGGUGCGACACGUCGAGACGGGCGCUUUGCACCAGGUCAUCACAGGAGUCAACCUGCGGUGUCUGUUUGCGGAUGUAGCGCCACCGACGCCCAGCGUGCAGCAGCAGAAUGCGCAAGCGGUGGCGGCGAUGCGGGCCAACUCGUUCAAUGCAGCCAUGGCUGGGCCUUAUGGGCGACCGAUGGCGCCGUUGCAGAACGGCAUGGGUCCGCCCAUGGCGCCUUACCCAGGUGCACGACCCGGCUUUGCCCCCCCGCACGCCGUCAACGGCGCCAUGGUGUCUGGCGCGCCUGGCGUGGCAGCGUAUGGAGCGAGUGCUCGCCCGGGAGGGCCACCGAUGCGUCCAGGAGGACCACCUUUCCCCGGCGCGCCGGGCGGAGCCAUGGUGCAUCCAGCGGCAGGAGCAGGAGCAGGAGGGCCCUUCCCGCCGGGCGUUCGACCGCAAAUGCCGUAUGCGUUCCAACAGGCGCCGACACCAAGGCCUCCACCAGUGCAGCGCAACCCGGUGUGGGAGUCGGUGGCUGCGAGUCGCAACCAGAUUGUGUUUAUCGGGGACACGACCGUGUUCUGCGUUCGGCUGCACACCGAAAAGGAGUCGAGCAGCGGGAAUGUCUCGCCGUCGAGUUCGGUCAAGGGUUGA